ACUCGAAUUAGAAUAAAAACGGACUUCUUGUCCCCCUUGGUUACUUCUCAGUUCUCACUCUUCCGGAGCACUCAAUUAUUUAUUUAGUUAUUUAUAUUCGUGAAAAAAGAGAGUUUUUUUUUUUUUAUAAAGUGAAAAAAGAGAGUUGAUCAUUCAUAUAUAAAAUAAUUUAGGGUCUUCUAUCUGAUCCCAAAUUAUACAUCAUCUUCUUCCCCUUCUGCUGUUAAAAUUGUGAACAUGGAGAAAACCAGAAGAGCAUCCCAUGCCGGUUCCUGGUACACUGACAAUCCUAAGAAAUUAGCAGAAGAGCUUGAAGGCUGGCUGGCGGCAUCUGGCGUGGACAAAUCUCCUGAUGUCCGAGGUGUAAUUGCUCCGCAUGCAGGUUACUCAUAUUCAGGUCGUGCUGCAGCCUAUGCAUUUGCUAACAUAGAUCCGACAAACAUUUUGCGGGUGUUCCUUCUUGGCCCAUCUCACCACUACUACACUUCAAAAUGUGCUCUUUCAAUGGCCACAGUUUACAAGACUCCCAUAGGAGACCUACCUAUUGAUUUGGAAGUCAAUGAGGAGCUAAAAGCUACUGGAAAAUUUGAAAUGAUGGAUAUUCGCAUUGAUGAGGCUGAACAUAGCAUGGAAAUGCACUUGCCAUAUCUCGCUAAAGUAUUUGAGGGGCACCAAGUGAAAGUUGUACCCAUUUUGGUUGGCGCUCUUAAUGCUGAGAAUGAAGCCAUGUAUGGACGUUUGCUUGCCAAAUAUGUGGAUGAUCCAAAUAAUUUUUUUUCCGUGUCCUCUGAUUUUUGUCAUUGGGGUUCUCGGUUCAAUUACACUCGCUAUGAGAAGAAACAUGGGGCCAUAUACAAAUCUAUUGAGGCCUUGGACACGAUGGGCAUGGAUAUAAUAGAAACAGGAGAUCCAGAGGCAUUCAAACGAUAUCUGUUGGAAUACAAAAACACCAUCUGUGGACGCCAUCCCAUUAGCGUUUUUCUUCAUAUGCUGAGGAACUCCUCGACAAAGAUAAAGAUCAAAUUUCUCCGAUACGAGCAGUCUAGUCAAUGCAAAAGUAUGAGGGAUAGCAGUGUAAGCUAUGCAUCUGCAGCAGCAAAGGUGGAUGCUUGAAGCUCAAGAGUUGCUGAUUUCUCCCAUUAAAAUAUUUGAUAAAUUUAAUUUUCUUUAAAUUUCCUGAAUAUUUAACACAAUCACGUGCAAGAACCAGCAAUUGUUCCCCGUUUAUAUGCUUAAGGCAGAUAACAGAUCAUUCUGCGAACCUGUUUCAUCAUCUUUUUUUGCACGUGAUACAUUGAGUUAACCUCUUUUUUUUAUAUUUCUUUUUUAUUGGUUGCUGAGUUCGCAAUUUUACUCGAGCUCAAACUGGAUUAUGUCAUGUGGCACACAUGAUGUGUGACUUGCUAUGGUUAUGACCAUGAAAGAAAUGAUGAGAUUAUGACA